UGUUUUCACUUUCUUUCUUUCUUGGGUUCAGUCUGGGUGGAGAGAGAGAGAGAGAGAAAACUAGGGCUUUUGAAAAGAAGUUGAAAAUGGAGUUGGUAGUAGAGAAGAAAGAAUCAGAUAGCAACAAUAAUAACAACAAUGGUAACAACGGUGAUAACUCCCAGCCAAUUCUGGAAUCUUCUUCUUCUUCAUGGUCAGCCACUGUUGAUAGCAACAAUAACAACAAAGAAGGCGAAGAUGUCCGUGAACGCCAAGCUCGCGACCUCAGAGCUGGUCUUCAUCCCCUCAAGUACAAGUUUGUUUUUUGGUACACUCGUCGAACCCCUGGAGUUCGAACGCAAACAUCAUAUGAGGACAAUAUAAAGAAAAUUGUGGAAUUUAGUACGGUUGAAGGUUUUUGGGUCUGCUAUUGCCACUUGGCCCGCCCCUCUUCUUUGCCAAGCCCAACAGACUUGCAUCUUUUCAAGGAUGGAAUCCGCCCUCUAUGGGAGGACUCUGCUAAUUGUAAUGGCGGUAAGUGGAUAAUACGAUUCAAAAAGGUUGUCUCAGGUCGCUUUUGGGAAGAUCUGGUUCUUGCAUUAGUGGGUGACCAACUUGAUUAUGGAGAUAACAUAUGUGGUGCAGUACUAAGCAUUCGUUUCAAUGAGGAUAUAUUGAGUGUGUGGAACCGCAAUGCAUCUGAUCACCAGGCUGUAAUGGCUCUCAGAGACGCUAUUAAACGGCACUUAAAGCUUCCCCAUGGCUAUGUUAUGGAGUACAAGCCCCACGAUGCCUCUCUGCGUGACAACUCAUCAUACAGAAACACAUGGUUGAGAGGGUAGGGCUCUAUGCUCGAUUCUCUCAUUUUGCAACCAUAUGUGUAAUCGAAGUCUUCCUGUCAAGGUGACUGCUAUAUAGGAAAUUUAUCUACUGAUAGCAGUCAAUUAAUCCUGUUCUGCAAUCUAACUACUAUGUGGGAGUGUGUUGUGAUUGGUGACAAUCCUUUAGGUUGAACUGAAUUUACUGUUAGUUGCAUUUACGAAUAUCUGGUUUUAUAAUGAAAUUUUAUGGUACGUUGCAUACCUAAUGCUUUUGCUAAUA